AUGGGGCAGGGGGAGAGCGUCAUGUUCGGUACAGCAUGCUGCAGGCGCAAUGAAGAGGAUGAUAGCAACACCAAGCACAAGACCGUCCCCGAGCUCCACGAGUUCACCGGCAGGUCGAACUUCCCGAGGCGUCGUCGAUCCGAUCGAGGAGAGCGAGACUCGGUACGCGCCAUCACCACUACAACCACCACCUUCUCCUCCACCUCCUCCUCCACCACCUUCUCAACCACCACCACCUCCUCCUCCUUGCCCUCCACAUCCUCCUCGUCCUCGUCCUCAUCAUCGUCCUCGUCCUUCUCCUACCACUACCUCCUCCAGCUGACAGUCCCCGAGGUGUUCCCGCGCCAUUGCGGUCGCGAGAUCGAGACUCGACUUACUCCCCCGGCUACCUCGCGCACCAGCACGACCCGAGGCCCUCGAGACGCGAGCUCGACGAUCACCCGCACAACCUCGCGUCGUCGUCAGAGAGCAAGCCAUGUAGGGUCCUUGCCUACAAGCCUUAGCGGCUCUGCUCCUGCGCCUCUCGCCGCAUCCGCCCACACGAGGGCCAGCUACGCGAAUGAAGGAGGCUCGGUCAGGCGAGUGCAGCAGCUCAUGGCGGAUGAGAGCAAGCGGGACUUCGGGCUGCUGUCACCGAGGAAGUCUGGCAUCAAGGACUACGAGUCUCCUCCCUCCACACCCUGA